GAGCCGGAAACUUCCAAAGUGCCUUUCAGCCUUUGAAAAGAAAUUGAUAUGGGAAGCGGGGUUUCAAAUAUCUUGUGGGCCGUGAUAGACGUCGAGCCGUUAUGAUGAUGGCAAUGAUAUAUGCUUUGCAUUUUUUAUUAUUAUCCUUUUUCCCACCUAUGCCCCUGUCCUUUGGCGUGACAAACAUGGAGCCUGACCACCAGACUUUUCCGGGACGGACUUAUGCAUGUCGUAGCAGACGUAGCACGGCGUCAGCAGUUCCCCUCCCCCCUCCCCCUCCCCCUGGUCCUCCACUCAAGGAAUGCCGACUGCAUGGAGGAGCAUGCGGAUCAUUUCGAGGCUGCAAGCUGGAACGGCCCGGCGCACGCCGAUUAGGCCGGCACCCUUGAAGAACAUGCCAGACAGCAAGCGGAGGACAAGCGAGGAGGGAGGAAGAGGAGGAGGAGGGGCUUGGCUACAGACCAGGAAGUGGGCAGUGAACCACUGACUAGUCAGGUAUAGAGUAUCUCUUUUUGCCCCUCUCCACAAGCGAGAUGAC